AUGCAAAGCGCUGGUCUCCCCUGUGCAACCGAAAGUGCCCAGGUUGUCGCUGCCGGACUCUUCCCUGAUGAAGGAAAUAGCCGAUGGUCAAAUGACUCGCUUGGUUCAUGGCAACCGACGCCAAUUUAUGCUAUUCCACAAUCUACACCUGAUCCGCAUCUUCGCCAACCCUUUCAUCCGUGCCCGGCUUACAAGCGUCUGUUAGACAUGGAGAAUAAAAACUUCUACAGACAAUUCGAUGCUGAGAAUGAGAAAUGGUACAAAUUACUUGAACAUCACACUGGUGUUAUUCCGUUUGAUCGUGACGCUAUUACCAUGCUCUAUGGGAUUCAUAACGAGGUGGGUACUUUCCGAAAAAUUUGA